AUGGUCGACAAAGGAAAUGAAAUAUUUGAAAUUGAGGAUGAUGAACUUUUGGGAGAAUCUGAUAAUGUGAGAAUAAUGGAUGAUGUGAACACAUUGGAAGAUGAAUUGUUAGGAGAAGAUGGUCCUACUGUGCCUAAGGUUGGGAUGAAGUUCAAAGAUGAGAAUGCAGUAUUGGGUUUUUACAAAUCAUAUGCUUAUGAUAUAGGCUUUCCAGUUAGGAAAAGGAAUUCGAAAAAUGGUGACGAUGGGGUUGUAAAGUAUGUGACAUUCACGUAUAGUCAAGAGGGUCGAAGAAGUAGCACUGCAAGCACUUCUUUGAAGCCUCAACCAACGACUCAAACAAGGUGUAAAACUAGGUUGUCAGCAUGUUUAGAGACUUAUGGGUUGUGGCGGAUUAACUCUGUCAUUCUUGAACAUAAUCAUCUAAUAAGUCAUUCGAAGUCUAGGUUGUAUCGAUGCAAUCGGGAACUUAGUGCACAUGUGAAAUGCAGACUUGAAGUAAAUGGUGUUGUUGGGAUUUCAUUGUACAAAAGUUUUAAUUCAGCAGUUGUUGAGGUAGAGGGAUAUGAGCAGAUGACUUGUGUGGAAAAAGAUUGUAGAAACUACAUUAAAAAAGUUAGGCGGUUAAGACUCGGGGAAGGAGAUGUUGCAAUACAGGCAUAUUUCUCGAGAAUGCAAAUUCAAUGCCCUGGUUUUUAUUUCAGUAUUGAUUUGGAUGAGGAGGCUCGAUUAAAGAACAUGUUCUGGGCAGAUAAUAGGUGUAGAGAAGCCUACAAGGAGUUCGGUGAUGUUGUCACCUUUGAUACCACAUAUCUCACGAAUAAGUAUGACAUGCCAUUUGCCCCUUUUGUUGGCGUGAAUCAUCAUGGCCAAUCAACAUUACUUGGAUGUGGUUUAGUGUCAAACGAGGAUACCGAGACGUUUGUUUGGCUUUUUAGGACAUGGCUCCAGUGCAUGCAUGGUCAAGCUCUCAUUGGCAUAAUAACUGACCAAGAUAGGGCAAUGCAGAAUGCAAUUCAGAUAGUUUUUCCAAACACUAAGAAUAGAUAG